GCCCCUAACCCGCACAGAGGCGUGGCUAUGCAAAUACACACCCGCCGUUAACCAAUGGCAGAACAUCCCGGCUGCUGUAUGCAAAUCUUCCGGCGGGAUGGGCGGGGUUAUGCAAAUGUAGCGGCGGUGCUCGCUCCGGCGGCGGCAGCGCGCUCCGGGGGCACGGACGGGACCGGGACCGGACCGGGACAGAACCGGGACCGGCACCGGCACCAGCACCGGGACCAGCACCGGCACCAGCACCGGGGCCGCCCCGGCUCCGCCGCAGCGCCGGGAGGGCGCGGAGCCGCCGAGGAGGAAGCGCCGCUGCCCAGCCCCAAACCCGGCGGAGGAGGCGAAAAUGGGCCGGAAAAAGAUCCAGAUCAGCCGGAUUUUGGAUCAGCGGAACCGGCAGGUGACCUUCACCAAGCGGAAAUUCGGGCUGAUGAAGAAGGCGUACGAGCUGAGCGUGCUGUGCGACUGCGAGAUCGCCCUGAUCAUCUUCAACAGCACCAACCGCCUGUUCCAGUACGCCAGCAGCGACAUGGACAAGGUGCUGCUCAAGUACACCGAGUACAGCGAGCCCCACGAGAGCCGCACCAACUCCGACAUCCUCGAGGUAGCGGCCGGGGCGGCCCCGGGGCCCGGGCACCGCAGGGCCCCGCUCACCGUGCCCGUGGCCUCCCCGCAGACGCUGAAGCGCAAAGGGCUGGGGCUGGAGAGCCACGAGCUGGAGCUGGAGGAGGGCCCGGAGCCGCCCGGGGACAGGGGCAGGAGGCUCGGCGAGGGCGCGGAUCUGGCGCUGGCACGGGCCAGGUUUUAUAGCCCGGUGCCGCUGCCCGAGGCCGCCUACGGCAGCUCCCCCCCGGCCCCCGAGGCCGCCCUGGGCAGCGGCAGCAGCUCCCCGCAGGGCCAGGGCCGCUCUCCCACCGCCCGAGCCGCGGCCCCAAAGCCACCGGGACGGUCCCCAGGGCCACUGCCCCCAGGUCUGGGCCACCCCCUGUUCCCUGCUGCCACCCUGGGCCGUGCCCUGGCCACCAGGAUGUCCCCACCGCUGUUCCUGGGGGCCGAGGGCCGGCGCGGCGAGUGCCAGGGCGGCCUGGCCAGCGGCCGGAGCGGCGGCAGUGUGGCGCGGCCGCUGUUCCCCGGCCUGCAGCCCCUGAGCCCCGGCAGCUCCGGCCUCCCGAGCCACGGCCUGGCCGCCUUCCCCUUCCUCAGCCCGGCGCCCGCGGAUUUUGGGGCUGCCGAGGUCCCGCCGCCCCCCGGAUUCCUGCAGCCCCCGGCGUGGCAGCACCCCCGGGACGUGGCAGCGCUGGGGGCCAGCAGCCGCAUCGUGCCCGCGGAGGAGCCGCCCGCUGUCCCCUGCGCGUCCCCGCAGCGCCACCAGGCCAUCAGCAUCAAGUCGGAGCGGGUGUCACCGGGGCUGGGCUGUCCCCCGGGCACCCCCCAGCCCCCCCUGACCAGCCUGGCGACCCUCAGCGAAGCCUCCCGAGCCCCCGGCGACCUCCAGCCCCGCGGCGACUUCGCCAAGGGCUUCUUCCCCCCGUGCGCGCCGGGGCCGCCGCCGGCCGGGCAGCGGGUCCCGGUCCCCGCGCGGCGGGGAACGCCCGUGGACGUUUGGCAGAGAUAGCGCGGCCGGCGGGGCGCGGGGAGGGGGACACCCGGCUCGGGGGAGCGGCCCCCCGCUUCUCCCCCAGCCCAGCCCCUCGGGAAGCCCCCCGUGCCCGUGGCGGUGCCACCGGGCUCCCCGCGGGGUCACUGUCCCCCAGCCUGGGGCUGCAGCUCCUUGAGACCCCCCCCAAGCCUCCCCGGAGCCCCCCAAACGCCACCAGGUCCCCUCCCCUCGGCUCGGCCCGGCGCUGUGGCGGUGCCCGGUGCGGUGGCACCGUCCCCGCCCGUCCCCGCCGGUCCCCGCCCGUCCCCGCCCGUGCCAGCAGCGCGUCCCCGGCCGGCGGAGAGGCCGGGAAGUGCCACGCGGUGGCAGCAGGACCGAGAGCAGCGACAGCCGCUCCAUUCCGCGGGGACGGGGACAGGGGAGGGGACAGGGGACAGGGGCGGGCGGGGCGGGGGGCGCUGCGCCCCCAGCCAGGGGCUCCUUUCUAUUUAUUGUCUCCGCAGCAAUAAAGAGCUGGGGGCC